CUGGAGCCGCGCAGCCUGAGGCCCCGCCCCACGCAGCCGGUCCCGGCGUCCGUCGCGCGCGGACUGAGCUUCCGGGCUAGGGUGGGGCCGGCGGGUCCGGCUGCUGGCCUCUGCCUGGCCCGCGCUGUGCGGGGCAGGUUCUGGGGACCAUGGAGCCCCGGGCGGUUGCGGAUGCCCUAGAGACGGGAAAGGAAGACGUGAUUACGGAAGCUCUACGAACGUACAACCGGGAGCACUCCCAGAGCUUCACCUUUGACGAGGCCCAACAGGAGGACAGGAAGAGACUUGCAGAGUUGUUGGUCACAGUCCUGGAGCAGGGGUUGCCACCCUCACACCGUGUCACCUGGCUACAGACUGUCCGUAUCCUGUCCCGGGACCGCAGCUGCCUGGACCCAUUCACCAGUCGCCAGAGCUUACAUGCACUAGCUUGCUAUGCUGGCAUCUCUGCGUCUGAGGGGUCUGUCCCAGAAUCCCCAGAUAUGGAUGUCAUACUAGAGUCCCUGAAGUGCCUCUGCAACCUCGUGCUCAGCAGUCCAGUGGCACAGACACUGGCAGCAGAGGCCCAUCUGGUGGUGCGGCUAGCAGAGCGUGUGGGGACGUACAGCAAGAAGAGCUUCCCACAUGAUGUCCAGUUCUUUGAUUUAAGGCUCCUCUUCCUACUAACAGCACUCCGCACUGAUGUGCGCCAGCAGCUGUUUCAGGAGCUGCAUGGUGUGCACCUGCUGACCCACACACUGGAACUGACACUGGGGAUGACCCCAGAAGAGAGCCCCCCUGAUCUCCUUCCUCCCCAAGAGACUGAGCGGGCUAUGGAGAUCCUCAAGGUGCUAUUUAAUAUCACCUUUGAUUCCAUCAAGAGAGAAGUGGACGAGGAAGACACUGCCCUUUACCAGUACCUGGGAACCCUUCUGCGGCACUGUGUGAUGGUUGCUGCUGCUGGAGACCGCACGGAGGAGUUCCACGGCCACACAGUGAAUCUCCUGGGGAACUUGCCUCUCAAGUGUUUGGACGUCCUCCUCGCCCUAGAGCUGCAUGAAGGCUCCUUGGAGUUCAUGGGAGUGAACAUGGAUGUGAUUGGUGUCCUCCUCGCCUUCCUAGAGAAGCGUUUGCACCAGACCCACAGGCUAAAGGAGAGUGUGGCUCCUGUGCUGAGUGUGCUGACAGAGUGUGCCCGCAUGCACCGUCCAGUCAGGAAAUUCCUGAAGGCCCAGGUGCUGCCACCUCUGCGGGACGUGAGGACCCGGCCUGAGGUUGGGGAGCUACUGCGAAACAAGCUUGUCCGCCUCAUGACACACCUGGACACGGAUGUGAAGAGGGUAGCUGCUGAAUUCCUCUUUGUGCUGUGUUCUGAGAGUGUGCCCCGAUUCAUCAAGUAUACAGGCUACGGGAACGCCGCAGGCCUCUUGGCUGCCAGGGGCCUCAUGGCAGGGGGGCGGCCUGAGGGCCAGUAUUCAGAGGACGAGGAUACGGACACUGACGAGUACAAGGAAGCCAAGGCCAGCAUCAACCCUGUGACAGGGAGAGUGGAGGAGAAGCCACCCAAUCCUAUGGAGGGCAUGACAGAGGAGCAGAAGGAGCAUGAAGCCAUGAAGCUGGUGAACAUGUUCGACAAGCUCUCCAGGCACAGAGUCAUACAACCCAUGGGGAUGAGUCCCCGGGGACACCUCACAUCUCUGCAAGAUGCCAUGUGUGAGACCAUGGAGGGACAGCUCUCCUCGGACCCUGACUCAGACCCUGACUGAGGACAACAGCUCUUCUCCCCUCCAGAACUGGUGCUGCUUCCAGAGGCAUCCUUAGGGCCUCAGCCUGGGGAAGCCACACCCACCUCUCCAGCGUGGAGACACUUUUCUACCCAAGCUCUGUUAGUGCUUUGCCUGUGGUCUGAUUUCUUAUCUUUAGGAUCUCAGUGGUCUUGUCCUGCUGUAAACCUGGGAACUCAGUCUUGACUUCCACAGAUGAAACCAUGUCUUUGAUAAGUGCUGAGGAUGCAGGAGUGGUGGCUGAGGGGAUAGGGCCUGUCUUGACACACAGGCCAGCAUGCCUUGGGAGGUGGGGCUCAGCAGGGGAGCACACAAGGCAGCUGUCUGGGCUUGGCAUUCUGAAGGAGCUAGUGUGUGGGGCAUGUGCUGCCUUUCACAAGGGAAACGGUCUGCUAGAACAUGUAAAUGUGUCAGGAACACUGAGCACCCAGGUAAGCGCUGUAAGCUCUGCUGUCUGUCCUCACUAUGGCCUCUUCUUUCUCCUUGGCCCUGGCUCAGUCACCCGAUACAGUAUCCACACAUCUGAGCUCUCACUGGUUAUGACAACUGACUCAAUGCUAUCCACUGACUUAGAUGAUAAAUACUUAUGUGAAGGCAGAUGCCCCUCAUAAGGCUGUAAGUUGAAAUCUCAAGAUUUCUAAGAGCCACAAAAACAUCACAGAAUAAAGAAGUAUUUUGGGUGAGA